GUUAUAGGGGUAAAGGCACACGUAAAGAUAAAGGCAAAACAGGAGUUGCUAGUGUUGAAGGUGAAUGUGCUAGAGUUGACAUGGAACUUAGUAAUAAUGAGAUGGAGAGGGGCAAGGGAAAGAACGAGAGUGUUGGUGAAAAUGGGUCGCAGAACGAAAUGCCAGCUAGCAUCGAAAAGAAAGCCGAAGCUCGUGCUGAAGUGCAAUGCAAAAGAAUCACUAAGGCUGAUUUGGACAUAGAAACAGACAUGGCCUUCGUGGAUAAUGCGCUGAAGAUGCUUAACAUGAAAGCUGGUCCAGAGGUGCGAAAUAUGCUCUUGAACUUGGCGUACACUUUAACUCGAGAUAAGAUUUUGGAGGCGAAGAGCUUUGCUGCGUUGGCCAAUAGGUCCGUUAUUGAUGUGAAGGACCUGGAAAUAGCCAAUAUUGCCAAAACCAAGGACUACACCCAUGGUCCCUACACCAAACCAGCAUUAGUGAAGCCUGCGGAGCUGCCAAAACCAUUGGGCUCGAAUAGCAUGUGGCUGCCACCAUUACGCCAUUGUCAGGUGGGCGAUGAACUGGAAUUGGAGGGCAUGGAAAAGAAGAGGCCAGCUGAGAAUAGGCUACCAAAGAAGAAGCCACAUAACAUUUUUAUGCAGUAACUUCAAAUACUUCGACUACAAUAUUGCAAAUUUUAAUUUUUAAAAUGAAACAUUUCAACAAAUUCAUUUUAAGCUUAUAUUAUAAUAAUAAAUCAAUGUCUCCUCGUU